AAUCACGAGCUGCCCUUUAACUUUCUGUGUUAGAAAGCUCUUCUCUUUGAGGGGUAAGUGAUUUCCUCUACCUCUUUGUAGCAUACAGGUACAAAUGAUAAUUUCUAGUUACCCUUUUCUUGAAUAGACAUAAUUCAAGAAUUAAGAUUAGUUUUUUUACACUAAAAUCAAUAAAAGAGUAGCAGAUUGUGCUUAGCGUUUGUUUCUGUUUUUCUUUUUCUUUUUAUUUUUCCUCUUUAAUUUUAUUUUCCAAUAUUAUGGCUGCUCCGUUGCUCAAUGGAGCUGAGAAUCUCAAAUUCCGUCGUGGCAUAACCCCAGCUGGGUUAGGUUUUGUUGGGUCAAAUUUUCAUGUUAGUUGCUUUCCCAAGAAAAUUCUUGUAUCCUACACUAGGAAUAGCCAAAGUUCAAGACUUUUAGCUCCUAGUUGCAGUAUAUCAUCUUCCAGGCCUGCUUCGCAACCUAGAUUCAUACAGCACAAGACAGAGGCAUUUUGGUUCUACAGGUUCUUGUCUAUAGUUUAUGAUCAUAUCAUAAACCCUGGUCACUGGACGGAGGACAUGAGAGAUGAGGCACUUGAACCAGCUGAUCUUUAUGAUAGGAAUAUGACAGUUGUCGAUGUUGGUGGUGGUACUGGUUUUACUACUUUAGGUAUUGUUAAGCAUGUUGAUGCCAAGAAUGUUACAAUUCUUGACCAGUCCCCUCACCAGCUUGCCAAGGCUAAGCAAAAGGCACCAUUGAAGGAAUGCAAGAUAAUUGAAGGAGAUGCAGAGGACCUUCCUUUCCCUACUGAUUAUGCAGAUAGAUAUGUGUCUGCUGGGAGCAUUGAGUACUGGCCGGAUCCACAGCGAGGCAUUAAGGAAGCAUACAGAGUACUGAAAAUAGGAGGAAAGGCCUGUCUUAUAGGUCCUGUGUACCCAACCUUUUGGUUGUCUCGCUUCUUUGCGGAUGUGUGGAUGCUCUUUCCUAAGGAGGAAGAGUACAUUGAAUGGUUUAAAAGAGCUGGGUUUAAGGAUGUUAAACUCAAAAGAAUUGGUCCAAAAUGGUACCGUGGUGUUCGUCGGCAUGGCUUGAUUAUGGGUUGCUCUGUGACUGGAGUUAAACCAUUAUCCAGAGAUUCUCCUCUGCAGCUUGGCCCAAAGGCAGAGGAUGUGAAGAAGCCUGUAAAUCCAUUUACUUUCCUUCUGCGAUUCAUUCUCGGGACCAUAGCAGCAACAUACUAUGUGCUGGUUCCCAUCUAUAUGUGGAUCAAAGAUCAAAUUGUUCCAAAGGGCAUGCCUAUUUGAAAUCAGUGGAGGAAGCGUAGUAAUCACUGAUCACCUUCUUGUAUUCCAUGUCAAAAUGACUUUUGAUCAUAGAAUCAAUUAACCAGUGUUCUUCUAGAAUCUCUUUGGAAAUUAUCCUUUCUGUAGUAAGCAAGACUAGGAAUACCAUUCUGAGUGGUGUAGAUGGAUGAUAACCUUUGUUCUAUGAUUCGAUUUCACA